AUGAUGACGGGCGGAGGGGUGCCCGGGGUGGCGACGCGACACCAGGUGAGGAGGGGCCUGCGCUUCUGGACCGGAGGUACUGGGGCAGCACAGGACUGUCUACACCGGCUGCCUAGGCCCGACGUCUUUGUGCAUCUGGCUCCAAACUACAGGCCCAGAUCCCAAGGCGUGCGCAAGACACCGGGCGCCCCAGCCUCCUCCCGCAGCCGCCCGGGCUCUCGCCUCGCCGUCGCGCCGGCGCGCACCACCUACAGACCGGGCGCGGCGGCGCGCGGCCCUCCCACAGCCCGGUGCCCCGCGCGCCGGCCUCGCCUCCGCUGCCUCUGCGUCCCCGCCACCCGGCUGGAAGAUCUGGGAGCCGAGCCGCCGACCCGCGGCGUGGAGCCACAGAUACUCACGUUUCCCACUGUUUCCGCGAAGCGCAGGGGCGGUGCUCCGGGUCCCGCCCCGAGGGCGCCUUCCAGCGCCGCCCGGCUGCGCCCGCCGCACCUGCUUCUGCCCGGAGUGGUUUCCGUGGAAACUCCGGAGAGCCGGUUCUCCCUUCUGACACGCUGUUACCGGGACAACUGCGACCUAGCAGGAGGCGGUCCGAGGGUGGCAGUGGACGCCUGCUUUAAAUCAAAGGUUCAAAGAGAUUCUCUAAGGCGGGAGGGCAGAAGCAGGAGGGCAGUGCGCGACGUUUGGGAAUGGAGGCGGAGCCGCGGGAGCCUGCGUGGGGGUGGCGUUAAUGGACAACGCAGCCUCCGCGCUCCGCGUAGCUCCCCCAUGCACCCCACUAGAAAAGCCUUGUUGCCCAGGCCUGUGACUUUAGACAUGACACUCGUCAAGGCUCAUCCGUGCCUGGCCUGUGGAUGCACAGUGCGUGUGCUGAGCUCCCGGCAGCUUGGCACCGUGGGGGCAGACGUGGCACAAAUGACUUUCCUGCAGAUGCUGGAGGCAAAGAAUUUCCUGAGCUCUAGCAGUCCGUGUCCAGGCGUGGCUUUCACGGAACAGCGCACCGCUGUCAUCUGUGAACUUACCAAAAAUGGAGUUUCCUUGGCUCUGCUGCGAAAGACACUCGUGGGGUCAGGGUGGGGGGUGGGCAUGGGGAUGGGUUAUUUCUACGGGCCACGACGUUGCUGGGGCCGUGGCCUACAGGACAACAGCUUCAGCCUUUUGGCCACAUUUGCUAAGUACCUGCUUGCUUUCUUCUUCUUUGGAAAAAAACGGAAUAAAAGGAGGCCUGGCUUGCUGCUGGUGAACAUGAGACCUUAG